AUGGAAGCUAAUCAUGAAAGAAGACCAAGAAGCUUUGAGGAUGCUGCAUUUGCUUUAGUGCAAGCUCUAAGUCCUGGAAAGCAGUUAAGCAAGGAACACAUACCAUUUAAACAACUUAGACAAGUAAUUAAUGAUUUUGUGGGAGAAAACCGUCAACAGUUAGCUGCUGUGGCAGAUGCAGUGUCACCAACACCUACUAACGACAGUACGAUGCGUACUCGGAGACGUGAAUCAUUACAGACAAAGAACUUUAUUGCUUUAGGUAUAGUUAAACGUGGCUCUCCGCUUGUUUUCUACCUUUUUUUGCGUCUUUUGGAGUCCUCUUUUUCAGAUUGCUCUGAAGCAGAUCUUCUGGCGAAGCUGCCCGUUAUUCUUAAAGAACAACUUUCUUGUUGUCCUACAAGUGUGGAAGCUUUUUUUGUUCUACUGAAUUCGCUUAGGAACUUCUUCCAUCAUAAUACUUGGUCCGAUAAUGUCGAGAAGCUUGUGAAUAGCUUUCUGGAAAAUCAUGUCUUGAAGAAGUGUGUUGUCGUGGAGGAUUCGACAAGCCCAGAUUGUAAGGAAUUAAAUGAGGAGAUUCAGUUAAAAGAGUAUGAAUUGAUGGUUCUGAUUGAGCUGCAUUUGAUGCAAGAUAAAGUAGGAUUCCAAAAUUUGGAAGACACUGAUAAACCAAUUUUUUUUCAGAUUUUGAGCAAAUUACGAUGCAUUUAUUACGUUGGCGGUGCAGAUCGGAUGCACAGGUUUCUAAACGAGUCAAUGACGGAUUUAUUUGCACAUGCGUUGCCCGAGCUUUUGGUUAGGAUUUAUGUUGAGUUGUGCGUAAGCAUCCCUUGCGAUCUUGAAGAGUAUGCUACUAUCGCUACAAGCAACGUGGAGGCAGACACUGUUGAAAGAACGUCUCCCGUCUCUGCCAGGAAGGCCACUCAACAUGAAAAGCUAAAUCAACUUUUGAAGGAAGAUAGCGAUACUGACUACAAGCCUUCGACAUCCGCUAUAUCUGACUUGAAGUUGUCUUCAGUGAAAACAAAAAAAGGAGUGGGUGGUGGAAGAAGAAAUGCCAGGGUCAAAAAAGGUAGUAGAGAAAAUGGGUCUAUCGCUUCUUCGAGGCUGAAUGGACGAAUUUCAAGUCACAGCUCGUUUGUAAUACCGGAGACUCCAGAAGCGAAAGUUAAAAAGAGAAAACACGCUUAUACAGACGAAGAGGAUGGUCGGAAGAAAGUUGUCAAGCAGACACCCUUAGCGAAAAUAAGCAAAGUUGGAAGUAAAAGGAUUACUAAAUUUUCAUCAUUGCUGCGGAAGAGCAGUUCACGGAACCUUUUGAGUAGCAAUACACAUAACGAUCCUCAGUCGCGUCUCAUUAGUCCGUCAAAAAAGUUUUCUACGAGAUCACAAGCACGAGAACAGUUCCUUCCGUCACCAGUGCAGUCUACUUCUACGAGCAACGGCGGCCACCGAAGUGACGCCAGGAAACCAAGCUUUCUUGAGAAGUUAGACCAGUGUACUAAAAAUUCAUCCACCAACGGAGUUUCGGGGCAACAAAAGUCGCAGCAAGGAAGUGCAAACGUUUUUGUACUUGAAAAAAUUAUUGUUGAUAAGUAUAGGAAGAGGCUGGAAUACAUAAAACACACACAGAAAAAGGCUGAUAAAAACGAGGUGUUUUACGGACGCAGCGCGAAAAGACAUAAUUUGUUUGAAAACGAUGGUGAUCAAGAAAUUCAUGUUGGGGUAGCUACGCGUUCUUCAACUAAUGCCGUUGUACAAAAGAAUCGUUCGGGUCGUUCAGUAGUUUCGAAUCGCGUUCACUUGGCUCACGCUCUUCUUAACGUCCAUAAUAACAACCCUUUGAUGCCUAGUAAACCUCCGAAGAACGCCCCUUUCAAAAUAACCCGUAUGAUUCGGCCAGCUACAAAAACAGGAAGGAAACAGCUUUCAAAACUGAAGUUUGUCUUGCUAACUUUAUUGGGAAUAUUUAUUCAGAGUAAAAGCGUGCAUUUAAUAUCGCAUUGA